UUGACAACCAUACUGACAUCGGAACGCAAGCGACCCAAACAACGUGUGCAAUCAUCGUAGCAAGAAUUUUUUUUUCGUCUGGAAGUAUAUAUUUUACACCAUAAUGGAGUCUGGACUAGUCGGAUUACGCGCAGAAUUGCAGAAGAAACGUGCAGAGGCAAGUAAGUUUGGAGCCGGCCAGAAGGGUAUUCCUCGACAAGAUGCAGCUAAGCAGAGCAGAUCAACAAAGUCCUUUAACAUCACAAAUGCUGGUGUUAUUGCCAGGGCUGCUAAGGACAGAGAGCAGAUGGAAGAGGAGAAAAUUACAGAAGAGAAAGCAAGGUCAAUCUUGGAAAAGAAAGCGGCCAUGUACGAGAGGCUGCAUGGUGGUGUGGAGGCCUUGGAGGAUGACGGACUUAACCAAAAAUAUCUCGUGAACUUCCAGAAAAAGAUUAUUGAUGAUGUAAUGGAAAGGAAGAAUAAAAGAGAAGAACAGGCCGAAAGAGAGAAAGAGAACCCCAAGUCGUACAAAGCAUCGAAGAAGGACGAUGAAUGGGUGGAAUAUACAGAUGUUUUGGGAAGGACUCGCACUUGCAUGAGGAAGGACUUGCCGGAGAUGGUGGAGAAGGACAAGGAACUUGCCAGGGAUACCACAUGGGAUGAGACUUCAGAGCCCGAUCUCCUAUCAGAGGACAUGCGAAGAGAGAUCCAGCGACAGAAAUGGGAAACUGAGGAAGAACUUAAUGCCUUUAAGAAGGACAUGCACUACCAAGACGUUGCUUUUGAUGAGGCCAGAGUUCACGGCACAGGCUACCUCAGGUUCUCCAAGGAUGAGAAGGAGAGGAAGGAGCAGAUGGAACUCCUACAAGAGCUCCACAAAGAGACGCAGGUGGGGGGGAAAGCCAAGCGGGCAGCCGCAGCCAAGAAGGAGAAGAUGCUCCAGGCGAGGCUGGAGAAGGUCCGUCAGAGGAAGAGACUCAAGCUGGGAUUGCCUGUCAAAGAUCUAGAACAAGCCAAAUUGAAGACUCCUCCAGCCUCAGAAGACGAAGAAGAGGAUGAGGGCGCCAGUAUAGGUCCUCCUGCCCCAGCCAACUUGCAGAAGGAGGAAACGUCACGCGAGGAGCUGAAACGGGCCCAGAAGCGUAAGCACACGAGAGAAUGGGACAUGGGGAAGGAGGGGGUCAAAUCAACCCUUUCGCAAGAAGAGUGGGUCCUGCGACAGAGGGAGCAGCGGAACAACGAGUUUGCACCACCUACCCUGUAUGAGCCGAGUAAACAGCGGAACAGCAAGCAAAAUUCAAGACCAUCAUCUACCAAUCCAGAGAGGGGGUUGCGAGACGAUAGAGGGACAGGUUCGCAGGCUUAUAGAGACCCAGCUUUCGGGAAUCCAGAUUGCGGCGAGCCUUCCACCGGAGAGGAGGAACGAAGAAACGAAUUUGCUCCCCCUGCAACGUACGAGUAUUAUGGCCCCACUUCUUCCAAACGACGAGAUAAUUACGGGAAGCCUGGAUACAAAGCCAUGGAAAAUGCAAUCAGUAAAGGCCUUUCAAAUCUGCGGAAAAUGUGUGACAGUUAAUGAAUUAUUUUUGUAUGAUAAUGAACUUAAUGUGUGUGAAGAGUAAUUUAAGAUUUGCAAAUGUAAUAUUUUUUAUUUCUUUUUUGUUUUAAAAGCGUACAAAAUUUGUAGGGAAGGAUGUCAUAUGAAAUGAUAUCAAAUUAGUACAAUAUUAUUAUUUGAUUUAUCUUCAGGGUUAUUUGCACUGUGAAUUAUUUUUGAUGGGGAUAUUAUAUAUUUAUGUGGAGAAGUUAUUUUCAUUUACUAAAGAGCUUUGUAGUUUUAUAGAGAUUUGCAUUACCGUAAAGAGGAAAUUAAUAUACUUGACGACUAAGAUUAUUCUGUAUAGAAUUUGUAAUCCAAUAAAUGAACUAUUUCAUAAGUUAGGCUUUAUUUACUUGUGUUUAUAGACAUUUUGAAUUUUACACAAAUAUAGAUAGUUUUUUAUAAAUGUUGGGAUUUUUUUAAUAUAAUCCUCGGUUGUGAAAAAUUGGGAAAGAUAUCUUAGUAAGAUACCAGGUUAUGCAUAUUAUGUAACACUACUUUGAAAUGUAAGUAGAUCAAAUUCAGAUAUAUU